AUGGUGGUGGAGCUCAACGUGUACGUGGAUCUGCUGCAGAGAGAGAACUCAGAGCUGCAGACCAGACUGAGCAACAGUGAGAGUGAAGUUCUCGUCAGCAAGUCCAAGAUCAAGGCACUGGAGAGAGAAAAUGCAGUCCAAGCUGCAGAUCUGAUGUCUUUGGAAACUCGACUGACUGCCACCGAGAGCAAAACAAGUGACUUAGAAACAGAGAAUGCUGUCCAAGCUGCAGACCUGAUGUCUUUGGGAACUCGACUGACUGCCACCGAGAGCAGAACAAGUGACCUAGAAACAGAGAAUGCAGACUUGCAGACCAGACUGAGCAGCAGUGAGAGUGAACUUCUGAUCAGCAAGUCCAGGAUCGAGACGCUGGAGAGAGAAAAUGCAGAGAGGAAGGUGGCCUUUUACACAGCUCUGACUAAUUCAUUUAAUGUUGGACCAUUCAGCACAUCCAUCACACUGAAAUACAACAAAGUCUUCACCAACAUUGGCAAUGCUUACAAUCCAUCUACAGGUUUCUUCACAGCUCCAGUCAGAGGGGUCUACUACCUCCAGUUCACUAUGUGUGGUAACCGUGCACCUUACAUGAGUGUCCUGGUGUACAAGAACAACCAGAAGAUCAUGUAUAAUUAUGAGAGAAAGGAAGAGGGAGGUUUGGAAUACAUGACUAACUCUGUUGUCUUGGAGCUGAUGGCAGGAGAUGAAAUCCACCUUGUUCUCGCAUCAGGUGAUUCUCUCUAUGACGAUGGAGACAACCACAACACCUUCAGUGGCUCCCUCCUGUUCACACUGUGAGGAUCCUUCAGCUGCUGUCUGACUCCUUAUUGGCUACACUGUGAUUUACUGCAUGUACCAAAUAAUGAGAUUCUGCCUCUGACUUCUCUGUUGUGUCAUCACAUGAAAACAACAUUGAAAUAAAUCUGUGAAGCAUUCAGAAAAU